AUGUUUGUGUCGUCGAAGGACCACAUCCUUGGAAGUAUCGAUGUAGGAGAUGCCUACUUGAUGGUGGAGCAAGAAGAACCAACAGUCGUCGAAGUCGAUGGAAAGUACUAUGAACUCGGAGAGUUUGUGGACCAAGAAGAAGUUGAAAGGAAUGUACAAGUGCGAAGAAUGAACGGCAAUGGCCGAAGCGGCAAUGGCCGACGAAUGAACGAUGAGCGAUUGGCGAAGAUCAUACAAGCUGUAACGAUGGCUGUGUUGAUAGGAAUGGGAGAAGCCAAGAAAGCCAAGGAAGAAGACCAAGGAAAAGAGGAAAAGAAGAAAGGAAGGAGAACGAUGGAAGAAGAGAAGACCCACGAACAAAUGAUGGAAGAAAAAGUGGAAGAGCUGAAGGAGAUGAAGACAGGAGCCGAGGAGCGCAGGAAGAAGUUACUGGAGAAUGCUCCAAAAGAAGAGGAACAGGCUGAAGAGCCAAAGGAAGAGGCCAAAGAAGAACUGAAGGAGGAGAAGAAAGAGAAGAAAGAAAAGAAGAAGGAGAAGGAUUCGUCGUGCAGUGAUUCUGCAAGCGAGUCAUCUUCAAGCGAGUCAAGUUCGAGCGACGAGAAAAAGGAAGGAAAAAAGGAGGAAGAAGCCGAAAAAGCCGAUGACGAUGAAAGAUACGUCCUCCUGGCAAAGGAAGGCCUAUGGCCAACGAUCUUAAGCUCAAUGCAGCUGGACGAAAAGGGAGCAAAGAUGCUCGAAGAGACAGGGAUCGAUGGCGACGCCCUAAGGUCCGAAGCGACGCAGAGAAUGUUCCAAGAGUUCAAAGAGACAAUGGAGAGUCCAGUCGUGAAGAUUCCAACGGGAUAUGGAACAAGGGUGCAACAAUGGUUGGCAGCCCUGAAGGAGCAAGAAGAAGAUGAGAAGGACUCGGACGAGUUGAUGUACGAAGAUGUCGCCAAUGCAGAAAAGGAAGCGGAAGAUGCCGAACGGGCAUAUGGCGAAAAGUACCGCGAGGUUGAGAAGAUGAUGGAAGAGUGCAAAAGCCUUAAGUCCACGAUGCAGAAGAAGAAGGAAGCUGAAGGACAUUUGGCGGAGUACAAUGAGUUCAAGCACUCGAGAAGAAUGCUGAGCGUGGUAAGGAUGCUUGUAGAGACAAGUGAAGAAGUGAUGAAGUGUUUGGUGGAAGCAUCGCCAGACUACGGUCGGAUUUUCGAAGAAAGACCGAGAGUGUCCUUACUCGAGCGAAUGCGCAAAAGGAAAUUGGCCGAAGGAGCCAGCGAGGCAGAGUCAAUGGCUGCAGGCUCGGAAAGGCAAGUGAAGACAAAGGCAAUGCCAAAGCCGUUGAAGAUGCGCAAGGAGAUGGCAGAAGUUGUGCAAGUUGAUGAUGCCAUCGAAGAGGAGAAGGAUGAAGGUGAAGGAAAGGAGAAAAAGAGAGAAGAAGACCUGAGCAAGGUCAACCCAAGGUGGCUUUUGAAGUCAAGUGAAAGGAGCACCCGAAGCGAAAAGGAGACGGGAACGCGCCAGCCCGGAUGCUUUUUCUGUAAGGGAUCGCAUCGUGCGAUCAAGUGCCAAGAGAUGCUGGAUUUGGCAAAGGAGAUCACGGGAAAAGUCCCAAGUCUCGAUUGGCGAGAAAAGGAGAAGCGUGGUUUGUGGUGCAAGUGGUGCUGGUACACAACGAAGAACCCGUCUGAGCAUACGGGGUGGGGAAGCCACACCCACCAAAGGUGCUGGUACCAGAAGCAAGGCCAAGAAGUUGAGGCCAAAGUCAAAGCCGAGAAGGAAAAGGCAGGAGCAAAGGAAGUCAAUGAUGAAGUCCAGAAAAUGGUGGAUAUGAGCGAGAGACCUGCCGAGCCAAAAGGAUUGCCACCGAAUCCCCAAUGGGGGUUGGAGACGCUCAAGAAGAGAAAGGAGCCAGAAACGCCAGGACCAACCGUCGAAGAGGUCCAGACAAGCGAUGAAGAAGCGAAGAAGAAGCAAGCAAAGGAGAACAUCAAGAAGAUCAAGAGAGAAGAAAGGAGAAAGGAACGUGAAGAGAGAAAGAAGGCAAAGAAAGAAGAGAAGAAGGCAAAGAAGGAAGAAAGGAAAAAGGCCAAAGGAAGCGAGGCCAAGGAGCCGACAGCCGAGAUCGACAAAGAGGUAGAAAUCAGUUUCACAAACAAUUCGUUUCACCAAGCCAAUGGCGAAAAUGGAAGGUUAAGAGUAGCCUUUAAACUUUUAGACUUCCUACGACACUUGAUUGACACUUGCGACAUCCUGUUUGUGCAUGCCGCUCCCCCGUGCGGCACAUGCUCUAUGGCCCGGCAUAUCCGGCGCAAGGGUGUGUCUGCUGGCCCCCUUCGUUCCAAGCAGUUCCCUAUGGGCUUGCCGUCCCUGAACGGAGUCGACCGGGCAAAGGUCGAGGCUGCAAACCAGAUUUACACUAAGCUGGGUCGUUUCCUGCAGGACUUGGGUCGUCGUGCCAUUCCUUGGUCUGUCGAGAAUCCUGAGUCGAGUGUGCUCUGGCAGCUGCCGUGUUUUCAGCCCUUGGUGCAGGACAACCAUGUCUUCUCCUUUGACAUGUGUUGUUACGGGGGGUCCCGCCUGACCCACAGGUCUUUGCUCACUUCGUGCUUUGGGCUUCGCCAUUUUCGCCAGCGGUGUUCCGGGGGACAUGAACAUUUGCCGUGGACACCAAAGGUUGCCCCAGGUGGAAAGGUGCACUUCCCUACGGCAGACGAAGCGGCAUAUCCGCAUCCGUUCUGCGUGCAAUUUGUGGCGCUCGUUUUCCGCCACCUUGGGCGGCCCCUGCCUGCCACGCCUGCCCCUCAGGUGUCAGCCCAGGCGUCUGCCUCUUCAGCUCGCCAGCCCCGUGGGCGCCGUAUCCCUCCUGUCAUGCCUGAGUUCAAGCGUGUGCUCGUGUAUCAGGUUGCUGCGUUGUUCCAGGUGGAUCACAAGCGUCGCCUGCUGCAACCUUUGCGGGAUGGCGGGCUCCAAGCUUAUCUCCUCGCGGUUGCCGAGCUAGUUGAUUCGAGCUCGUCUGAGUCAGGUGACACUGCGUCUCCUGUGGGCCCGGAUGACCAGGCCAGCACGUGCUUUGAAGUGUCGCUGGGUGUGUAUGCUUCCCCCGAAGAAUUUGUGGAUGAAUGCCUGAACGUAGAGCACCCCUUUGAUCAGCUGCAUGCUGCGCCCGAUGUGCUCAAACAGUGCCUUUUUGACAUGCUGACCAAGGGGCCUGCUUGGGUCGUGGAUCGUAGGGCAAAGCUACUCAAGAAGUGGACCCAGUGGGCUCGCGACCUUGAGGCCGAGGAAGCAGGCCUUCGCAAGUCGUUAGACCCUGAGGUUGCAAAGGUGUUGCAAGGUAAAAGGCUCCUGCUUCUUGAGAAGAUUGCGUCGUCAAUCGGCUGGGUUGACAUGGGCGUUUUUGCUGAGCUUAGGAAGGGCUUUGAUUUGGUGGGGCAUGCAAAGCACACGGGAGUUUUCGCGCUUGAGCCCAGGCCUCCGAAGCUUCCUAAGGAUGACUUUCUUGCUGCCACAAAAUUUCUUAGGCCAGCCCUGCUGGGUAAGGUAAAAUCGUCGUCCAUGGAUCGUAAUGCACGUGAGCUGUGGGAAAAGACGAUGCAGGAGGUGGAGAGUGGUAUGUUGGAGGGACCUCUGUCGUCGCAGCAGCUGGAUGAUAGGCAUCCCUCUGGCUGGUUGCCCACUCGGCGUUUCGGGGUGGAACAGAUUUCUGCUGCCGGGCGCAAGCUGCGGCCUGUUGAUGAUUUCACCGAGAACAAGGUGAAUCUUGCUUUUGGGUCUAUGGAUAAGCUGGACUUGAAUGCGCUUGAUCAACUUAUCUGCACCUGCCGCAUUUGGGCAAGGGCCAUGUGUGGGGGGCAUGAUUGUGAGCUCGUGCUUUCCUCGGGGCUUGUGCUAAAGGGCCGUGUGCAUCCUGGUUGGAAGAAGGCAGGGCAUCAGCCGCUUCUGACCACACUUGAUCUUCGAGCUGCUUACAAGCAGUUCGCAGUGUCAGUCGACUCGCGAGCUUGGGCAGUUAUCGCUUUGCUUAACCCUGAUACGCUGGUGCCGGGCCUUUUCGAGUCGAAGGCGUUGCCUUUUGGCAGCGCGGCCUCGGUGCUGCAUUUCAACCGCCUCUCGAGAUUGUUGUGGAGGUUGGGGGUUGAGCUUUUGAUUUUAUGGGGAAACUUUUUCGACGACUUCCCUGCAAUGUCACCGAGUGCCAUUUCAGACAAUACCAUGAGUACAAUGACUGCCUUGUGUUCCCUUCUCGGGUUCGCCUUUGCUGACGACAAGCUCAGCCCCUUCCAGCCUGCUGCCACCAUGUUGGGGGUUGAGGUCGAUUGUUCAAGGUGUGAUGAGGGUUUGGUGCUCGUAAGGAACAAGCCUGGUCGUGCUGGGGAACUCGUGGUGUCUCUUGAAGAGUUUCUGCGCGAGGGAGUGAUCUCUCGAAAGCGUUACCUCAGUCUCAUGGGUCGACUCCACUACACUGAUUCGUACAUACUUGGUAAGUCGGGCCGUUUGAUCAUGGCGGACAUUCGCUCGUGGGCAAGAGGGCAUUGUUCCGAUGAGUGGGUCUUGGACGAUGCAGCACAGGAAUCGCUGCGUCUGUUCAUUGCGCGUCUCCGUGCUUGUGAGCCUCGCCAGGUGCCUUGUGGAGUGGCGAGCCACGUUGUGCACGUCUUCACGGAUGGCGCCAGCGAGGGUGAGGUGCACUCGAUUGGUGGGGUCCUUGUAGUGCAAGGACGGCUGCAUUCUUGCUUUGGGUCUCUUGUUCCCGAUCAUUUGAUCAGCAAAUGGACCUCCACGAUGCGACACAUUAUCGGGCCGGUUGAAUCAUAUGCAGUUGCGGUGGCAAGGAGAGUUUGGCACCGGUUCAUUGCUUCGCAGCGCGCUUUGUUUUUCAUCGAUAAUGUGCAGGCACAAGACUCCUACAUAAAGGGCACCUCUGCCAACCCUUACGUGCGGGAAAUCCUCCUUUCUUUUGAGGAGUCGGAAAAACUUUCCCCUUCCUGGACGUGGUUCGCCCGUGUGGCGAGUCCAAGCAAUGUCGCAGACGAGCCGUCACGUGCUGCCUUCGAGUUUUUGCAUAAGGCUCAAUGUCGCAGGGUCACUCCCGCGUGUCCCAUCAGUGGUUUUGACCUUGUGGAUCUUGGCGCCCUUGGAAAAAUUUGA